AUGGCAGAACACAGAAUCAAAGUGGCUAUUGCGGGGGGUGGAAUCGCCGGGCUUGCGCUCGCCGCUGGCCUCGUCAACAAGGAGCACAUAGAUGUUCACGUGUACGAGUCCGUACCACGCUACAGCGACGUCGGGGCGGGCCUCGCGCUUCACUUGAACGCGAUCAAGGCCAUGACGCUCAUCGGGCCGGAUGUGCGACAGGCGUAUUUCGACAAGGCGCUGACCAUGGGCGACGAGGAUCAGGUGAUGGCGACGCAAGUCAUAUUGGCGCAAGGGCCGCACAUGGGCCAGCUGGUCGCAGAGCUCGGAAAAGCGAAAGGCAGGAAGACUGUGAGUCGUGCCGACCUGCUCGACGGGUUCCUCGCACUCGUCCCGCGCGACUGUAUCAGCUUCGACAAGAAGCUCGCCAGCAUCACCGAGGGGCAGGCAGGAGAUCGCAAAAUCGGACUCACGUUCAAGGACGGCAGCCAGGUCGCGGUCGAUUGCUUGCUGGGAGCCGACGGCAUCCAUAGCCUGACCCGAGCUUACCUGCUCGGCGAGGACCACCCAGCCACGGCGCCCAAGAAUGAGGACGGCUGGCAGAUCUACCGAACCAUGAUAUCCACGGAAGAGGCCAAGAAGCAGAUCAACCCCAAGUGGACGGAGAACGUGCCGAUUCUCCUCGGACCCCGGGGCCACAUCAACUGCAUCCCGCUCAACAAGAACACGCGGCUGAGCGCCGGCGUCGCGGUCCGCGGGGCCAAGUUCACACGGCACCGGGACGGCAGCCAGGAAGCGCCCGCAUUGGAUCCAGCACUGUACGAGGACUACAGCGAGGAGGCGCAGCAGAUUGUGCGGAUGGUCGCGAAGGACACGAGCGCGUCGUGGACGGCGGCCGAUCAUGACCAUGCGCCAUUCUAUGCGAAAGGGAACGUGGCAAUGUUUGGCGAUGCGGCUCAUGCGUCGCUUCCGUUUGCCGGCAACGGGGCCGCGCAGGCGCUCGAGGACGCGGCGGUGUUGGAUUGUCUAUUCGGUCAUGUCGAGAACGCCGGUCCGAUCAAGGCCGCGCUAAAGGCUUUUGACGAGGUGCGCAGACCGAGGAGCCAGGCCGUGGUGGACCUCGCCCGCAAGUUCGGGCGCGUGUAUGCGUAUGCCGAAGACGGAAUGCACGAGGACCCUGUCCGGAUGAAGAAGUUCUUCGGACAGAUGGCGGCGUUCACUAAUGAGUUUGAUGUCAAGGGCCAGAAUGAUGAGGCCUUGAAGCGGUUCCAGCAGUUGCAGGGCCAGGAUGGAGUUGUAGAUGGGAUAUCGUGA